GGCGCGCGAGAAAGGGCCCGGUCGCGCCGAGGCUCGAGCGGCCGUCGCCAUUUUGUAGGGUUCUUUCUGACGCGGGAGCCGCCGCCACCGCCGCCGCCACCCGGAGGCUCUUGUCAGGAUGGUGAAGCUGUUCAUAGGAAACCUGCCCCGGGAGGCCACAGAGCAGGAGAUCCGCUCGCUCUUCGAGCAGUAUGGGAAGGUGCUGGAAUGUGACAUCAUUAAGAACUACGGCUUUGUGCACAUAGAGGACAAGACGGCGGCCGAGGAUGCCAUCCGCAACCUGCACCACUACAAGCUGCACGGGGUGAACAUCAACGUGGAAGCCAGCAAGAAUAAGAGCAAAGCCUCAACCAAGUUGCAUGUGGGCAACAUCAGUCCCACCUGUACCAACCAGGAGCUUCGGGCCAAGUUUGAGGAGUAUGGUCCAGUCAUUGAAUGUGACAUCGUGAAAGAUUAUGCCUUCGUACACAUGGAGCGGGCGGAGGAUGCAGUGGAGGCCAUCAGGGGCCUUGACAACACAGAGUUUCAAGGCAAACGAAUGCACGUGCAGUUGUCCACCAGCCGGCUUCGGACUGCGCCCGGGAUGGGAGACCAGAGCGGCUGCUAUCGGUGCGGGAAAGAGGGGCACUGGUCCAAAGAGUGUCCGGUAGAUCGCACGGGUCGCGUGGCGGACUUUACCGAGCAGUAUAAUGAACAGUACGGAGCGGUGCGCACGCCUUACACCAUGGGCUACGGGGAAUCCAUGUAUUACAACGAUGCGUACGGAGCCCUCGACUACUACAAGCGCUACCGGGUCCGCUCUUACGAGGCGGUGGCAGCGGCGGCAGCGGCUUCUGCGUACAACUACGCGGAGCAGACCAUGUCCCAUCUGCCUCAAGUCCAGAACACGGCUGUGACCAGUCACCUCAACUCCACUUCUGUUGAUCCCUACGACAGACACCUGUUGCCGAACUCAGGUGCUGCCGCCACCUCGGCUGCUAUGGCUGCCGCCGCUGCCAACACUUCCUCCUUUUACGGAAGGGACAGGAGCCCCCUGCGUCGUGCUGCCGCCGUGCUCCCCGCAGUUGGAGAGGGCUACGGUUACGGGCCGGAGAGUGAGCUGUCUCAGGCUUCAGCCGCUGCACGGAAUUCUCUGUACGACAUGGCCCGGUAUGAGCGGGAGCAGUAUGUGGACCGGGCGCGGUACUCAGCCUUUUAAAAACUGGAGGUGAGAGUGGGGUCGGUGUGGUUAAGAGACUCGAGUUUCCUUGAAAGAGAUCUGUGCUGCAUAGAGGAGGCUAAAGCCACGUGUUUGUUUGCUGGCAGGACAGUAGCCACGAGACAAAUUUACAUUUUAGUCUUAAAUAUUUCUCUAGCUUAAGCCAGAGGUUCAUUUGGCCUCUUGAGGUUUUUUAGUGUAUGACUCCAACCAGCGGCUCCUUCGGAGAGAACAACAACAAACUCGGUUAGGAGGGUAUUAUUUAAUCAAAUGUAAGCCAUCUGCAUUACAGAAACAUAGUUAAGAGAACAUUUAUCGAGUGCCCUCGUUGUCUGAUAUAGCAUUUAAUCUACACAAAAAGCCUUUGAGAUAUUUUCUCUUUUACAGAGAAGGAAACAAAGGCUCAGAGAGGUUAAGUACUUUGCCUGAAGUCGUGGAUAAUUGAGAGGCAGUCAGAAUUCAAACUCAGGCGAGGUGGGCUCCAAAACCAUUCUCUUCCCACUAGAAAAGUCAUUGUGAUGUAGGUGGAAGAAUACAGGUUCAGGAAUUGGUCAUGAACGUCACAGUGAGAAUUUUUAACUACAGCUUUAGACUUCUCACUUGCUAAUAUAGCUACUACUUAGGUCAUUAGUUUUGAUCAGAGGAAACUUCUAAUAUCCUAGAUCUAUAGGCCAGAUAAAGCCCUGUAAGCUUUAGAUGUUGAGUUCUAAGACCCUUGAAAGCAAAGUGUUUUGGUGCCUGUCCCAUGGAGUCCUUUCCUUAUUAGUAAUCCAGAGCACCUUACUCUGCCUGACCUGAGCCCUUGAAACCAUAUUUCGUCAUACCCUGUUACUAUCAUUUAGAGCCCAACAUUUUUCUUUUUCCCCAGCAAUUUUUGUUUUGGUUUUUGUUCAGGAAGAACACGUAAGGGUCUAGAUAAAACAGGUAAUUUCUGAAUGUGUAUAAAAUCCCACUGGUGGUGACCGCAGAAAUUUAAUUUUUCCUACUUUAGAAAAUGUACACCAAAGAUGUUGGAAUGGCAAGGAUAAUUAGUAGGAUUAUCUGGAUAAAUUUCAUCUGAGUGGAAAUGGCAUCGUGACAACUUUCUCUUCUCAUGGUUUUCCUUGUACCUUGAAAUUGAGCAUCACUUGACCAGGCGGCCUACUUAAGAACCUACUCAAGAAGUUAAAUGGAGUUUCCAGGGUUCCUAACUUAGCCCGCUGGUAUAUAUGUGUAGAAGAAACUAAAGCAAUAGGAAUUUGCCAUUUUAUGUAGUGAGAAGCAAACAACGGUUUGAACCUGUGGUUAAAUUAUGUCCUAGAUGGCCAUGACAAGACUGCGAUCUCCUGAGACCAUUGUGUAGCAGCAGCGUGUUAAUGUGUGUAAAGUACACAAUCUUAAAGCACGUGUAGAUUGCCUUAGUUUUUACUUUUAAUGCAGCUGGAUCUGCCACGAAGUGGGAUAUUUCUCUAAAGGUGGUAUCACCUACCAGAUAACUUGUUUUCCUCGAAUGUGUUUUAUAGUUAAAUUAGUGUAUUACAGUCUUUAAGGGUAUCGCUAAGGUAUUUUAAAGUGAAUUUUGACUGCAAGCCGUGGUUGUUUAACUAACCUCUUUUUAGUGAUGACUUUUAAAGAAACUUACCUUCCAGGUGUGAACCUCAAAUGGACUGAAUAACCCUGAGUUGGUUGCAGUCCCAGGAGCCUGAUGUUAAUGAGGCUGCCAGGAGGAAAUACUCCAGAACUGUUGGGGAUCUGAAUUUGGGUCUCACCCUAGCAGAACUGAUUCAAGAACGUCACAACUUUUGAAGUCGGUUGGUACAGAUCAAGACCACGAUUUGGCCCUUUGUCUGUAAUAAGUAGAGGAACUUGGUGUGAGUUAACUUCUUUUUUCCCCCAGCCGUCAGUGUCUGGAGUUCCCAUCAUCAAUGGAAGAAUUAGAGAAUUUCAGGAUUUUUUCUUUUGAUUUGGUUAAGGGAGAUUUGACCAUGUAGGGGAACUACUGGAGUUACGGCUCUAACUCUGGGACAGUAGGACAUGUAGGUAUGUUGCAGGAUAAAUGACACCCUUUGUAAUUGCCAUUUCUGAAAACUUGUUUACUAUGAAACCGUGACAUGAAACAGACUUAGAGUAGGGCAGUUGGCAGUAUUCGAGAUCUUGGCAUCAUCUGCUCUUUCGGGACACAACUAAAUUAAUGGUUUUUGAUACUAUCAUGUAUGCCCUUUGUUGCAGUGACAGUAGCCUUGGAUCACAGAGGUGGUCUUGCCUAAAAGAUGGAUUAAAAGAUGAGAAAGAUAGAUUUUAUCGGCAGCACAGCAGUCUUCCAGAGAGACUGCUGCUCAUUCUGUACCUAGCUGUGAGUAGAUCCCUUGGUAAUGACACGGGAUGUAAGUUUGAUCCAGUCUGACUUGGUUUUGUUUUGUUCUUUGUUCUUUUCCCCCUGGAAUACAGGACGGGACCAGGGCCCUUGUACUCGGAGCCAAGCUGCUCUCCAGGCAUUGUGUAAGCCUCUUGUGUUGUGCUCUCUUUCAGGUAGGAUAAUUGCGGACUGAACCCUCGGGCUGCGGUCAUAUAUGAGAACUUGCUCCGCGCGGUCCCCUUUGCCGGGAUGUUUCCAUUGCUUCAUGUUUCAGUAAACAAAGGAGUUUGUGACCAACUAUGUUUUCUUUCUUAAUUUAAUUCUUCUAAGUUGACUUUUCUUUCCUCCUGAUACUAGUUUCUGUAGCCUUUCACUGUUCCUUACAUUCUCAGCCUCUGAGCGGCCCUAGGUAAGGAUUAUGCUGGCAUCCCCUUUUUCCUGUACAGUGGAACCCCUCUUAUCUUGCUUUCCUUAGGAGUUGAACCCUUCUCCCUGUCUACCUGCAACAUCUCCUUUCCCUUAAAAAUGACCAUGUAGUGGCAAGCGACCUUUUACUCUUCUCUGUUAGCUCUGGACUCUAACAUUGAAGCUAAUCUUCUGAAACUGCUAGGACCAUUGGGGUUUUGGGGGUGGGGGUUGUUGUUGUUUUGUUUGUUUGUUUUGUUUUUUUAUGUCUGACCUGUGAUCGUGGUACAGCAUUAGCUGAAAUUUAGCCUUGUUUUACUCCACUCCUCCCACUUUUUUUUUUUUUAAUAUUUUGACAAAUAAACGUUUCUAACACUUAAGUA